UUCUAUUGUUCUACAUUAUAAUUAAUCCAGUCCUUUUUGGCUACUUUACUUAACUUUUUAGAACUGCUAUUUUAUAACUUUGUGGCGCCCUCUUGGACAGAUCUCUUUUGGAAAAUUGAUUUUUAAUGUAAUUUACAUUUUAUAUUUGGAUAAAUAAGGCAUAUGAAAUAGUUACUUUGCCAAAAACCUACCUUUUGAUAGGAAUGUUCUUUCUGGCUCAGAAUGACUCAUUAUAAUUCAUGAGACAUAUGUUGGACAAAUUAUAGGCCAACAAAUCAUUUACAGCACUUUAAAUACUCACAAUCUUUUUUAAAAAAAAAUAAAAAAAAUACUAGAAAUCACCUUUUGGCAUGUACACGUUUUAAUGAGACAAUUUCAAGCUGGUGGAUGUGUAACAGCCUAAUUAGGGCAAGUGUGAUGGAUUGUCUGUUCAAGUGUGUUAUUGUGUAGCUACGUUAAUUGCUUUCAAUUUGACAGGCAGUAAAGUGGGAGACCACAACCACAGAGCUGUCAUGCGUGACUGUUAAUCCACGCUGUCAGUAAAAAACAGCCAGACAGGCUACAUCAUUAUAUCCAGGAACUCAUUUCCCACCUCCUGCUAUCAGUGUAGUUAUUUAAGUCUCUCAUCUCAUUCUUGUUAGAGGAGGUUAAACAAAUCUCCUAAGCACCGCAGGCUCUUCUCUGCUUUGUCCCAAAGAGAGCACCAGCAGCUCUGCUUGCCUUUUGGUUGGUGGCAGAGCAGGAACAUGUGGUCAUGCAACGGCCAAUGCCGAGCCCUGAGAAGGCAAUCGGUGCUGUCAGAGCAGCAGCAGCAGCAGCAGCAGUGCUGGCACUGGAAAGGAACUCUGCAGAAAGAAACCCAUCUAAAAGAGACAGGGGAGGGGGGGUUGGAUUUGAUUACAGACCGGAGGAUGAGGAUGCAGUGGGAAUGGCAUGUUGUAGAGGAAGAAAGAAGAAAACAAACAAGAGGACAGGCUGUUUGAUCAAGGUCUAAAGAUGUAGGAGCUGCAUCCCAGGAAGCAGGCAGUCAGUGUGUCUGUGAACGCACCAUCACAUCAGGGGACUUGUUGUGGUUCAAGGAUAGUGAAGGUGGAGAGGCGCAACCUGAGAAGUCCCCUCCCGCCACUUCCACAGAGGAUGACAGAUUAAUCCUUAUUCAGCAAGGAGCGAAGAAUCACCCCGAGGAUCAGAUGUUGUCCACGGCUCAGCAGAUGCUUCAGGAUAGCCGCUCUAAGAUUGAGCUGAUCCGACUGCAGAUUAUAAAAGUCGCCCAGGCUGGAAGCAGCAGCAGCAGUGGUGUUGAUGGUGGUGGAAACCCUAACAGCUCCACUCAUGGAGGUCAGAGUGCUGGGACAAGGAUAUCUCCCCUCACUGCGAGUCUCGUGGAUGCUCGCUUGGUAGAGUUGCAGCACUAUGUGCAGAGGGAGUCAGAUGCAUUGGUGCUGGCCAAAGAUGUGGUGAAGGAGCUUGAAGGGAUCUCAUCGUUGGACCGGAAGGCCCUGGCUGAGGCUCAGGCUCGGGUGCAGGAAUCCUCCCAGAAACUGGGUCUUCUGCAGCUUUCCCUGGAGAAAUGCCUGAAGGAAAAGAAACAGGAGCCUCUACAGCAGCCUGCAGGAGGGGGACCUCCUUCUACCCAAAACCCCACAACUGGGUGUCCCCUUUCCACCUCGCCAUCCGUCUUCUCCAUCAGACCUGCCUCCUUAACCGGCAAACUUGAAGUCCGGCUUCUUGGAUGUGAGGAUUUACUGAAACCUCUGGGAGAUUCAGAGCAAGAAGACCAUCCAAACCCUGCAGAGACACCAGCUGCUCACAAACCAGACGGACCUCCAGAGAUCAGUGGUGUGCUCAGGCUGGACGGCAGAGUGGUCGGCCGGACGCGCUGGGCAUCCGUCAGCAGGCUGAGCUGGGACCAGACGUUCUACAUCCAGCUAGAGCGGUCCCGGGAGCUGGAGGUCGGUGUCUUCUGGCGGGACCAGAGGGCGAUGUGUGCAGUCAAGUUCCUGCGACUGGAGGAGAUGAUGGAAAACCCAAUCAUCAACCAGGGGAUAACUUUAGAGCCACAGGGCCUCCUCUACACUAAGCUUCGAUUUAUUGACACUGUGCUCGAACGGCAGCCAAAGCUGAGACGUCAGCGGUGCAUCUUCACUAAAGAGAGAGGGAAGAACUUUCUCAGAGCAGCCCAGAUGAACAUGAACUUUGCCACUUGGGGUCAUCUGAUGAUGAGCAUCCUCCCUCGCUACAGCUCCUUCACCACAUUCAGCUCAUCUUUCUCUGCGACCCCUGACCUGGUGGCCAACAAUGCCCCCCAUGCAACUGAAAAGGAGCCUCAAACUACCACUUCACUGCCAAGCGAAGCUCCAGUAAUCAGACUGAGCAUCACUGAGGAUCAGCCCUCUCCCAACAUCCUCGACCAGGAAGAAAACACAGCUGGCAUCAUCAGUGCAGUGCACCGAACAUCAUCUGUGCCCACACUGCAAGAAAAACUGUCCUCCGUAGAAGAAAGCGAAGAUCAGCCUGUAUCUGCUCUAAAGAUGCAGGUGGAAGAUUUUAAGUAUAUCUCAGUUCUUGGCAGAGGACACUUUGGGAAGGUCCUGCUGGCAGAGUUUAAGAAGACCGGAAAAUUGUAUGCUGUCAAAGCUUUGAAGAAAAGAGACAUUGUGACUCGUGAUGAAGUGGACAGUCUUAUGAGCGAGAAGAGGAUCUUUGAGAUGAUCAACGCGUCCAGGCACCCGUUCCUCGUCAACCUCCACGGCUGCUUCCAGACCAGCGACCACGUCUGCUUCGUCAUGGAGUAUUUACCCGGCGGUGACCUCAUGAUCCACAUCCACAAUGAUGUGUUUAACGAGGCUCAGACCAGGUUUUACUCAGCAUGUGUCCUGCUUGGUUUAGAGUUCCUGCAUCUGAAUAAAAUCAUCUAUCGAGAUCUGAAGCUGGACAACCUGUUAAUGGAUGCAGAUGGAUUUGUGAAAAUCACAGACUUCGGACUUUGUAAAGAAGGGAUGGGACACGGCGAUCGGACCUCAACUUUCUGUGGGACUCCUGAGUUUCUUGCUCCUGAAGUCCUGACAGACGACAACUAUACGCGAGCAGUGGAUUGGUGGGGGAUGGGCGUCCUCAUCUACGAAAUGCUUGUUGGAGAGUCUCCGUUCCCUGGUGAAGAUGAGGAGGUGGUGUUUGACAGCAUCGUUAAUGACGACGUGCAGUAUCCAACCUGCAUUCCUCCCAAUGCUGUCAGCAUCAUCCAGAAGCUGCUGAAGAAGAAUCCACUAAAAAGGCUCGGAGCUGGAGAGAGGGACGCAAACGAGGUCAAAGGAGAGAAAUUCUUUGAGACCAUCGACUGGGAAGCCCUGCUAGCGAAGAAAGUAACGCCGCCCUUCCUGCCGUCGAUCAAGGAGCCCACUGAUGUCAGCAACUUCGACAGCGAGUUCACUCAACUCCAGCCAACCCUGUCGCCUCCCUCCAAGCCCUUCAGCCUCUCCGCCGAGCACCAGGAAGUGUUCGCGGACUUUGACUUUUGCGCCUUGCAUGGGUGAAAAUUAAACUGACGUGACCGCAGGGGUAAAUUACAACCAGAAUGUCCAGGUUAGUGUCCACACUGGCAGGUAACCCACGUUUAUCAUAACCACAACCCUCCUAUGGCAAGCUACUUUAUUUAUAUAUUUUUAGAUAAAAAGCAUUAAAAUGCAUUAGUAGGGGUUUACAAGAACAAUGACAGGACUUUUAUAUUUUUAUAUUUUGGUCUGCUGUUGUGUUAGUUGAUUGGUUAAUCAGUCAAUCAUUAAAAUUGAUCAGUUAUGAGUCCUUUAUUGAGUACAGAAGAUUAGAUUAGAUUAGAUUAGAUAGAACUUUAUUAAUCCCUCGGGUGGGUUCCUCUGGGAAAUUCGA